AUGAACCCGAAGGACGUGCACCCGGAGCAGAUGCACCCGGAGCAGAUGCACCCGGAGCAGAUGCACACGGAGCAGCAGCAGCAGCAGCAGCAGCAGCAGCAGCAGCGGCUGCAGCAACAGCAGCAGCAGCAGAUGAUGAUGCACCAGCAGAAGCAGGGUGCGACUACUGGCCAAAGCAGCGCAAUCGCUCCAGCUUUACCUGCUGACUUCAUAAAAGACCUGAAGGACGAGUUUUCAUGCGUGCACCAGGAGGCGGAGGACCUAAAAAUAGGUUUCGGAGGCAUGGGACGCUGCGUACAACUCAACACGAAUUGCAUUAAUUCGUACGCAGGGGACUCCACUAAGCUGACACUCCAGGUCAUGGAUGGCUGCUUCAAUAAAAAUGCUUCUGCGUGUAAUGCGCACGGCCGGCGCUUGCGAUGCGCACAGGGCGAUAUCCAUCAGUUUCGGGUCUUGGGCGCAUGCGUAAUCUUGUUCGUAUUGGUAGAUGAAGAAGGGCUCAUAUUUGACAGUAAAAUGAGAGCCGUCUAUGCCAUGAAGAGUAAAAGCAAUGCGAAACAAAUUAAAGCAAAACGAGAUGCGUUGGGAGAAGCAGGAUACGCCUCUUUCAUAUCUACAUACUCUAACGAAAUGGAAUGCAAAUUACCAGGUGAACACAAGAGCAAACUCAAGCAAGCGGAAGAGGUGAACGACCUCAUGUUAUUAGAACGUCGACCCCGGCCGAGGAUGUGCCGACAAGAAUAUAAAGAGCCACAGGAGGAACUUAGAGGAGUUUGGGAGACAGGAGGUGGAAAAGCAGCACAAGCGAAGAGUUUGCCGGCACAACCAAAGCAGCAGCGCAAGCGAAGAGCUAGAGCUGCCAGUGCAAAGGAGCCCAAGGAGAAGAAGCCGAAGGAGGAGGACCACGAGAAGCUCGAGCGGCAAAAAGAAUACCAACAGCGAACAAGGCAGAUCCAAGAAAUCCAACAACAACUCCAACAAACAAAUCAAGCAGUACUUUCUUUUCAACAGCCUCGAGAACCACAGGCGAACAGUUUCAACAAACAGUCGUUCGAGGAAGGCGCUAAGCAAGCUAAAGAAUCACUCGAAUGGGGGAUAUCGCAAGCAACAGCAAUGAACAAAGAAGCGGCCGCUCUAAACGCAGAAAGAGCGAAAUUACAGCACCAGCAUUACUUGGAUACUACUCGCGGACCUCCUCCAGCUCAAUCGCAAGGCCAGAGUCAAUCGCAAGGCCAGAAUCCGACCAUGUUUGCACCUCCACAAACACCGCAGGCUCUUUUGCACGCACCAGCUCCAGCUGCACUGAUGCUAGCAGCUGCAGCACAUGCCCAGCAUUACAUGGAUACUACUCGCGGACCUCCUCCAGCUCAAUCGCAAGGCCAGAAUCAAUCGCAAGGCCAGAAUCCGACCAUGUUUGCACCUCCACAAACACCUCAGGCUCUUCAGGCUCUUUUUGCACUGGCAGCACCAGCACCAGCUCCAGCUGCACUGAUGCUAUCAGCUGCAGCACAUGCAACCGCAGCAAAUGAAACCGCAGCAAAUGCAGCCGCAGCAACCGCAGCAAAUGCAGCCGCAGCACCCGCAGCAAACAGCGUAGCAGCACAGAUAGCAACCCUAGGAACUCUCCUGUUGAAUGGGGACAUCACUCAAGCUGACUUCGCGCAACUCAAGGCGUCACUAUUGCCGCCCCCGCGUCCCAAAAAGCAUGCAUUUGCAGAGGGCAGUUUUCUUAAGCCCAAAAAUAGAAUGAAACACAUCCUUGCAAAUGGGCUGCUUUGGGCCAUAGCCCGCAGGUAUUUCCAUGAUCACCUUGCAAAGCGGGUUCGCCUGCCAUGCGGCGAUCAUCAGCAAACUUAUCCACAUCAAUGUCUCGUUGCCAAACUCAAUCUUUCGCGCUUGCUCCUCCGCGAAAUCCCCAUAUUUUUCAGGAGCAUCGAACCCACAAGGUGGAAGAGGCGUACUCCUUUUUUUGGUCCCAUUAUUACUGCAGCAGAUGGAGGCUUCUCGCACGCGCAGCUGCUUCAUUAUACGCACAAGACGUUCCGUAGCUUCGGCCAUGUCUCGAUGGUAGCUUUCUCCGAUCCAAACGACCUUCGACUUCUUUGCGGGCGAAGACAUGACGCACGAAAAAAAAAAACGGCAACCCGCGCCCCAACCCUACCUCCACACUCUCGGAAAACACAAACGAGCACGCCAGAGGCAGCGAAAUCGCACGUUUGCAGCGACACGAAGACGCCGCGCGCGGGGCGCUGCGAGCAGCGCUGA